AUGGAAGCAGCUGCUCUUGCUCGUAGAGCUAGAGCAGUGGAGGAACUACGCCGUCUAACUGCAGUUGCUGAAUCUGAUGACACACCAGCAGAGCGUCUAUCUACAGUUGCUGAAUCUGACAGCACACCAGCAGAGCAGGAGUGCGACCACUUCUCCCUGAGGGGUUAUGUUGCUAUGAUGCAGAAGAAGGAUCCGAAGCUUUGCUCUCCUCAUAUUUUUCAUAACCAGCCACAAUGUGAUGAGCACCAUUCGUCCCCAGUUUUGGUGUCAAAGUAUCAUCAAUGGGAUUGCUCAACAUGUCUUGAUAGAAUGAAAGUUUCAGGCCAUAGACCUACACCUGAAAAUGUUUCUAUGGAGCAGGAUGGAAUGGAUGAUGGCUGCUCUAUUUCAAUUGUUCGGAUUAGAAGACUGUUUCCUUGCACACAGCAAUCAUCUGAUAGAUUGACCCUUUCAAAGGCCGCCCAAGAAUGUAAUUCAAAAUGCAGUUCUCCUGGCAACAAAGCAAUUACUGCGAUGAAUGUUCCAGUAGCUGAAGAAAAUGUCCCAGAGGCACUCGUUGAAAGAAGUGUUCCAGCGACACAAGAUUUACAGGCCUGUCCCAAUAAUAUGGAUGUGUCAGUAAAUAUCUUGAAUGCUGUCUCCAAGGAUGUGAGCCAUGUACCUGAUGAUGUUCAAAAGAUAUCAAUCAUUGAAGAAAAUGGCACACAGGAUCCACCUAGUCCAAAAUCUUGUGUGGCUCCAAAUGAAGAUGAGAGCAACAUAGCUCAAGGUGUUCCCAAUGAUGACCCCAAUGAGUCUAAUGUUUGUAAACCAGUAUCUGGGCACAAAGGCAAACAAAUAUCUGGGGACAAAAACAACCAAGUCUGCAACAAGGGUCCACGCCGAGCAUCGUUAAAAAGAAAUGUUGGAUCUGAUCAUAAGAAGAAAAGGAACAAAUCCACUGAACUGACAGAUAUUUCAGAUAUCAAAUUUUCUCAGAGAAAGCCAAAAAAGACUAGGCUGUUAUCAGAACUCAUAGGCACUGACCAGCAGGUAGGGGUUUCUGCAGAUGCCGUUCAAGUGGACCAUGCAAACAGUGUUGAAUCCUGUGAGGGUGGUAAAAGAAAAAUGCACCUUGAGGUUGGAAAAGAUAAUGACACUCCUAAUGAGAAAGUGGAUGAAAUCCAGUCAAGAGCUGUCAAGAACAAGGCAAAACACACAGUAGACAAGGUAGACGAUGGAUCCUCUCUAAUGAACUGGCUGAAAAGCACUCAUAAGAAAGUUAGAACAGAGAAAAAAGACUCAGAACACAAGAAUCUUGAUCCCUCUGCCGUUCAAAACUCUUGCCCAGAUAUAGUUGCUUCUAAUGAUAUGCAUCAUGAUUUCCUACCCUCAGUUGGGGAUGUGGGCCAGGAAAAGGUGCCAUCUACUACCAAUGCCAAUCAUGGCAAUGGAAAGGCAAAGAAUGACAACCUGGAGCAAAAUAUGCAGAAGGUGGAUGACCUGUGCCAAAAUGAAUCCAGGAACUUGAAACAGAGGUUCUUCUCAAAUGAAAAAUCAGCAAUUUUGCUGAAAAGAAAGGUGCUGUCCACUUCAGUUGCCCAUGACGAGAACAUUGACAUUGAGAACAGUACUAUAAAGAGAGAUAUGCUCAGGUCAGAUGAUUUACCUCAAAUGGAACCUGAAGGCUCUGUACAGAGAUGUUUGCCAAAGGUUUCUCUUGAUAAAGAGAAGAUCCAGAAGGUGCCUGGCCUCCGCAAGAAGAAUAUACCAAAGAAUAAGAAGAAAGGAAAGCAGGAGGUGCAUGAGAAACAGAAUGUGAUAGAUGACUUCCCCAUGGACAUUGUUGAACUUCUCGCCAGAAAUCAGCAUGAGAGACAGUUGAUGACUGACACCAUUUCUUUGGAAAACUGUCAUACUCAACCCAAUGUAGCUCAAGUUGACUGUGCUGAAUUUGCAGCCAAGGAUUGUCGAAUCAAUGCAUCAAAUGAGUUCAACACUAAUUUCCAGAAAUCUUUGGCAUCGGAAAGUCAGCAGAAGUCCUUACAGGAUCAUGCAUCAUCCAGUACAGAGGCUGCCAACAUGACUCCGCAGGAUUUACAUACUCAGAAGUCAUCACAGUGUCAUGCAACAUCCAGCACCAGCACCAAGGUUCCAAAUGGUUAUCCUCCAGAAUCACAAGUGCAGAAUUCGCUUCAGGUUCAUGCAUUACCCAUCACACGGUCUUUCAAUGUGUACCCUUCAAAAUUACCUGUCCUUGACAUUUUGGAGUGUACACAGGAACAACGGACACAAUUCCACAGGGACGAAGAAGUCACCAUUGCAUGUACCUCACCUAUAUUUCAAAAUCAUCAACAUAUUGCUGGCACUGCUCGGAGCUGGAGGGAUAACGGGGAAAAGAAGUUGAUGUGGGAUUCUUUCAAGACAGCUUUAAGGACUUCACCAACAUCAUCAUAUGGUUUUCAAUUUGGAAACAGACUUCAAGAAGCUGAUUCAGCUCCCAUUCAUGCAUAUGGAGCUUCUAGUAACUAUGCAGCUCACCAGCCAGUAAUUGUGGCCGUAGAUCCCUACACAAAGGAAGCAGUUAGCCUGGUUCAGCCAAGAAGUAUUCCAAGCACAGCAUUGACUAUGGGGUCUGGUAGGCUGUACGAUCAAAGGAUUCCUGGACAGUCAGGCCUUUAUCCAAAAGAGCCUAUGCCCGCAACACAUCUUCUGAGGCUGAUGGACUCAUCAACAGCUUCAGGCUUCAGAAACUAUCAAAGACCUGACAGGAGCCAGAUGGAACUUCAUCAAACACAAACUCUCGGUACACAAUUUACGCAGCAUGAUCAGUAUAAUGCAUCACCGAGCACAUCAUAUGGAAGCCACAUAAUUGAAGAGGUUCCACUGACACUGCAAGACUUAUCUCGGCGUCAGGUCCAGCCAAACUUGCACAGGCCUGUACGCCCUCAUCCUCGAGUUGGCGUGCUUGGUUCAUUGCUGCAGCAGGAUAUUGCAAACUGGUCUGAAAACUGUGCGCCACACUCUGGAUACAGACUAGGUGACUCUAAAGGGACAACAUCGCUUGAUAUGAACAGAAAAGGAAACUACGAGGCCUUGAACUCAGAAAUGUUCUCAGCAGGAUGGAAUGCUCUGCAGUUGGGAUCUGUUACCUCUGUUGCCAAUCCAGAGUACCAAUUGCCAAGGUAUGGUACAGGUCAACCUUCUACCAGUGGCAAUGGGAAAACAGUUCAUCCGCUGGAUAAGCUUGUGAGGAAGGAUAUCUGUGUGACUAACAGAAAUCCAGCUGAUUUCACUAUAAUUAGUGAUAAGAAUGAGUAUAUGAGAAGCAUUUGA